AUGUCUGCUUCUCCCCUACAAAUCACUGAAAAAUCGCCAGAAAUGAGCCAAACGCCACCUAAAGACGAAAAUAAUGAGCUGGAAUUUGGAAUUCCGACAAAACGGUCAAGAUCCGGGCGGCCCAAGAAAAUUUGCGCGUUUUCUAGCUUUAAAUGUUAUGAAGAACGUGACAUCGAGUUCUUCAUUCAUCAAGUAUCAGACAAUCAAAUUAUUUGGGACCGCCGGAAUUCUCUAAACUUUGACGGAAAUUUGGUUCACGCGACUUUCGACAAAAUCGAAAUUUGCUGCCAGUUUUUGGCACGGAAAAAUGGAGAAAACGCUUCCCGACUGUGGACUGAGCUUGCAAGCGAGUAUAAGCGUGAAAAAGCCCGAAUCGAGCAACUACCAAGCGGAAUUUAUUCGGAAGAAUUCGAAAUUCGCUUUCCUUUUAUGCAACAAAUGUGGUUUCUGGAAAUCGAAGCCUCCGAAUUAAAAGAAGCCGAUUCGAAUAGCCUUGAAGAGACAAUUGUCAAUUUUGCCCGGCAAAAAUCCAUAAAUGAUGCCCCGUCCCCCUCUUCAUCCCUUUCCGCGCCAAUUGAGCACCUAAACUCAUCGAUAAAUCGCCUGAUCGCUGUAAUCGAUAAAAAAUCCGAAGAUACCACUAAACGACAAAUUCCCGCCAAAUAUUCUGAUAUUGUGGAGCAUUUAAUCGGAUUUUUGGAUAAAACUCCGCGAGAAAGACAAAUGGAGGUCAAAUGCAAGAUUUAUAACUUUUUGGAUACAAUUAAUUGAUUUUUCUGUCGAAAAUAAAGAUUUUCACUUGUA